AUGUCCACUCAACUCGACGCCGCUUCUAUCGCUCGUGUUUCCUUGCACGACCCCAAGCACUUCAAUGUCCAACUCAUCCAGACUGCUCACCGCCUGGCUCUCCUACAGCAGUGGGACAUUCCAGCGAGCUCCAAGAUCUUGGAACUAGGAUGCGGUCAGGGAGAUUGCACAACCGCUCUCGCCACUAUUGUGGGUGAGCAAGGUACCGUGGUGGCCGUCGAUCCGGCCUCGCUGGACUAUGGUGCCCCGUACACUCUCAAGCAAGCACAGGAUCACAUCUCACAAGGCCCGCUUGGCAAACGUAUCAACUGGGUCCAGCAAAGCCCUCAGGACUAUCUCUCCUCCCUCGCUUCACCCAGCAACGCCAAGGCCUUUGAUGCAACAGUCCUUGCUCACUGUCUCUGGUACUUUUCCUCCCCCUCUCUCAUCCUGGAAACCUUCCGUGCCAUCAGACAGCACAGCAAGCGUCUGCUCCUCUCCGAAUGGUCCCUUGAAGCAACGCACCCAGCCGCCCGGCCUCACGUCCUAGCUGCUCUCACCCAAGCAGCGCUAGAGUGCCGCAAAGGCGAAGAGAGCAUCUCCAACGUCCGUACGGUUCUGGGUCCGAAGCGCCUCACAGAACUAGCUGUUGCGGCCGGUUGGAAACUGGAGAAGGAGAGCCGCGUGCAGUGCGGCGAGGGCCUUCAGGACGGACAGUGGGAGGUCUCUGCCUGUCUUGGAUCCGGUUUUGCGCGCGAGGUGGAGGAGCGUGUCAAGGAUGAGCGGGAGCGCGCCGUGGUCUUUGCGUUACGUGAUGCUUGCGAGGCGAGUUUGGACGGUGUACCGGGGGGUAAGAAGGGUGUUGCUGCCAUGGAUGUUUGGGUCGCGAGCUUCGUCUGA